ACCAGUGAUUUCGGAACCAUCUGAUGAUGUUAUGGAAGGUUUAAUGGACUCAGAUUCUGCUGUAGUUCUUGAUUCGAUGCCACCUUCUGAAGAUCGCGGUGAUGUAGGCGACUUUGUGAUAGUGGAAGAAACCACUGGUGAUAGAUCAACGGCGAAUAAGUUAAAAUAUGCGGAUGAUAAUACAAAAACUGUUUUACGGAGCGAUUCUUGUGCCAGCGAGACAAAUAAACUUCAAGAAAGGGAUGAGCAAAGUUCUGGAGAAGCAACAAAGAUAAUCGAUUUAAAUCAGAAGUUCAGGGAAAAAAUCGAAAUGAUCGAACAAGCAUUUAUUGAUGGUACAACGGCUCUUCGCACGGCAUUGAUCGCAUUUCGUGACCUUAUGGAGUUACUUCCUAAAGAUAUACAACAACGUAUUGCUGAGUCUUCUG